AUGUCGUCGCAUACGAUGGAUCCGGACACGAAUGAGGAAAGUGUUUUCAAUUCUGGUAUUGAGCUGACAGAGGAUUCGUCAAAUGGUGGCAAACAGGAUGACAGUUUUCAGAAAAGUUCGAGAAGGGGUGAAAAACAGGCUAGUGCUAACGAUGCCGAUGAUUUUGUCGAUGACAUGCGCACUCCAAUUGCACUUACGACUAGGGAAGACGAGGGGAAUGGCAAUCUCUAG